AUGACAUUCGGAAUCCUUUCAACCCUUGUUGCUGGGGCAUCUAUCAUGUCCCUGGCUUCUGCGAGUCCCAUGCUCUCAGCUCGUGCUACCUUAGAUACCGGGUCCUUUGCUGACCUUCAGCGUGCCGCUGAGCUCUCAUCUGCUGCAUACACUGGGUGCACUGGAACCGCAUUUGAUGUCACUGUUACCAAGUCACUUAACGAUGCGACAACCGACACUCAGGGAUUCAUCGGAUACUCGACCUCAAAGAAGAAGAUCACUGUGUCCAUGAGAGGCUCUACAACUGUCACCGAUAUUCUCAACGACAUUGACACGACCUUGGUGACACCCACUCUCUCUGGAGUCACCUUCCCCUCCGGUGCCAAAAUGAUGAAGGGGAUCUACUCCCCCUGGUCAUCUGUGCAUGACACUAUCAUCUCCGAGGUCAAGUCCCUCAUUGAGAAGUAUCCCGACUACUCGCUCGAGUCGACCGGCCACUCGCUCGGCGGUGCCCUUACAUAUAUCUCCUAUAUUGCGCUGGCGCAAAACUUCCCCGACAAGGAGAUCACCAGCAAUGCACUGGCCGCAUUCCCCAUUGGCAACCAGGCUUUUGCCGACUUUGGAAGCUCCAUCAAUGGCACUCUCAACCGUGGCAAUAACGAGGGCGAUGGUGUUCCGAACAUGUAUAUCUCUCUGCCGUACGACUUUGUGCACUACGGUACCGAAUACUACAGCUACGGAACGGCAAUCAGUAACCUCAAGUGCAGUGGCGAGCGGGACCUGAUGUGUUCCGCUGGCAAUGGCCUGGUAGGCGUCACCCCGGGACACUUCUACAGCUUUGGAAUCGCAAUGGGCGCUGCGGGUUGUGCAUCGCUUUUGUGA